CUUCCGCCACAUGUAUGUUGUUGUAGGUUGGGGGAAUUUGACAACUAGUUUAAAGACAUUGAAAGCUGUUACUUUUGUUUUUUAACGACUGCAUAUGAAUCCAAAUGAUAGCGCUUCUUGUGUCUCUUUUAAAGAGACAUUAUUUUUUAACAGGAAUAGUAUUUGUUAUAAUAUUUGCUCACCUGUUCCCUCAUAUUGGAGCUAAAGGAGGGUUACUAAAGCCAGAAAUAACAGUGAAAUAUGUGGCUGUUUUCAUAAUAUUUUUUAACAGUGGGAUUUCUAUCAAAACAGAGGAUCUGACUAAAGCUGUAUUACAGAUAAGAAUUCACUUCUUUAUCCAAUGUUUUACAUUUAUUAUCUUCCCCUGCAUCAUGGUAGUGUUAGUGAACAUGUUGUCUUUGUCAUCAUUUGAUGGGCUUCUCUUACAAGGCUUGAAAGUUUUAGGAUGUAUGCCACCACCAGUUUCAUCAGCUGUUAUCCUUACAAAAGCCAUUGGUGGCAAUGAGCCAGCAGCCAUAUUUAACUCUGCACUUGGGAGCUUUUUGGGUAUAUUUGCUACACCAGCCUUGAUUUUAAAUGUUAUUGGUAAUCUUGUGGAUGUACCUGUGUACAAUAUAGCUACACAACUUUCUCUCACAGUUCUUUUUCCUCUAGUACUUGGCCAGAUCUUAAGAAAACAUGCAAAGCUGUGGUUAGACAGAAAACAUAUACCAUUCAGUUGUAUUGGCAGUUGUAUUUUGUUGCUGAUUAUUUACACUACGUUCUGUGAUACAUUUUCCAAUGCUAAUAUUGGUAUAGAUUUUAUCAGUUUGAUGUCUGUUAUAUUUUUAAUUGUAAUAAUCCAGUGUGUACUUCUGUUUAGUAUAUUUAUGACAAUAACACAGCUGUUUAAGUUAUUUUCACCACCUGAUGCAGUUGCUGUUCUCUUCUGCUGUACUCACAAAUCUCUUACAUUAGGAAUUCCAAUAGUGAAAAUUUUAUUCAGCAAUCAUCCAGGUCUGUCUGUGAUAUCAGUUCCACUGUUAAUCUAUCAUCCAACACAGAUAUUACUUGGUGGACUACUAGUCCCAACCAUCAGAGGGUGGUUAUUGUACAAUCAAAAAUACAGGUCUCAGUUAUCUAAGGUUUGAUGAUCGUAAUCAUAUAAUCCAUAAAACAGAUAAUCAACAGUUCAUCAUUAGUACCUCAACUAUUUUGUAUAGUAAUAUUUAUUGGAGACAUAUGACAUAAAUAAAUAUGAUUUAUUUUAACUGUUAACAAUUGUUUUUAAAGAUAUCAUGGCUGUGAUAAAGUAGAAAACAUUUUUUGAAUUUAUUUGAUAUGAAUGUAGCAUAAUGAAACCAGAUCUAACAAAAUACUCACCAAAACCAGUGUUUUUCUAAUCCCCCCUCCCUCCUUCCCUCCCCAUUACCCACUAGUUUGGAAUGUACAGUAUAAAAUAAAGAGAUGUGGUAUGAUUGCCAAUGAGACAACUACCCACUGAAGUUCAAAUGAAGUGGAUGUAAGCAAUUAUAGGCAACCGUACGGCCUUCAACAAUGAGAAAAACCCAUACCGUAUAGUCGGCUAUAAAAGGCCCCAACAUGAAAAAUAUGACACAAUUCAAUUGAGAAAACAUACGGCCUAAUUUAUAACAAAACAAUUUCGAAAAACAAAUAUGACAGACAUGAACCAACAACAACCACUGAACUACAUGCUCCUGACUUUGGACUGGCACAUAAAGAAUGUGGCGGGGUUAAACAUGUUUGUGAGCGCUCAACCCUCCCCCUAACCUGGGACAGUGGUGUAACAGCACAUCAUAAGAACAAACUAUAAAAAUUAGUUGAAAAAGGCUUAAUUCUUCAGAUCGAUACAAAGAAAAACUUCAAACAAAAGAACAGACAGGACGUGGCAGGGUAUAUAUCAAUCCCUCAUCUCUUACAACAAAAAAGACACUUAAGUACAGAUCUGAGAGUACUCGCUGUAACUGACAGCUAGUUCAAAGCCAAUAACAACUAAUAAAAAUAAUCAUGUAUCUAAGACUAAAAUAUCAAUCAAUACACAUCCAACAUCCAAUGAACUUAGUGUAAAGACGUCAUUAACAGUCAGAGAAAAACAUGUCCAAUGCCAAAAUAUAGGUAUUGACAGAUUGUAGUACAUUGUACCGAGAAAGUACAUAUGUGUAAUAUUUAGUAUGGUUUUAAUUUUACUGAUAACAAAAUCAAUAUUUUUACCAAUAAAAACAAGAUUCAAAGAUUUAAUAACUAGGCCCACAAUGGCAUUAUUUAGAUAGUUUACAUGUUGUACUUUUGACUAUUAUUUAAUUGUUUUGAUCUUAAUCUUAUUACCCACUUCCCAAUAUUUAUUUUGUUGCUUAGAUGGUUUAUUUUGUCUGUUGUGUCAGUCUUUAGUGUGAAUUACUUGUACAUGUAUACAAUUCAAUAGGAUUUCAGGUCCCCAUCAUUAUUUUAGUCUAUGUAUAAUUUUGAAUAUCAUAUUUGAAAUAUUUGAAAAUUUAAUUAUUUAAAACCU